GAUCAAAUGGAUUAAGAUAGAGCUUGCCCACAUAUCGUCAGCAACUGGAGGGCGCUCUGUGUUGUGAUAGCGACGAAUCGGGACUGAAGUUACAGCAAACAAAAAAAACGUGGUUGCGAGUCUUUGCAAUGCAAUGGACUCAGAGGAAAGGUCUGUCGCUGUCAGGGGUGAUUCAGGGCAAACCAAUGUAAACACCACGCCGUGGAGAAAAGGGUCUAGCCGCCCGGCGAAAGGCCUCUUCAGAAGAACACCUGUUAGAAUUUCAAGGAAUCUUAACACUGGCUUCAAAUCUCCGCUCCUGUCUCCAGGCACCCCCCGCUCCUCCAGAGUGGACCAGGUCAGCCUUCGAGAGGACAUUGAGGAGCUGAAGGGCAGACGGGAGGAGUUGAGCACACAGAUUGCACUGUUGGAGGCUGAAGGUUACAGUGUGGAAGAGCUGGACGAGCAUAUUGACCAGCUUCAUGAAUACAAUGACAUCAAGGACGUGGGACAGAUGCUGUUGGGCAGGCUGGCGACAGUCAGAGGUGUGACCACAAAGGAUCUGUAUGGAGAGUUUGGCUUGGAGCUGGAAGACUAGCAGUUCAUAUCAACAGCAGUUGUUUCAAAUGUAUGCCCUGUAAUGUGAAUAAAAGACAUUACACUCUUGCUAGUUCAUGGCGUACUAAGCCGGUCAUUUAUACCCUGUUACAGCUACAUUAUGACUACUAAUCAGUGUUACAGGAGUAAUGAAUGCAUUGCCAUAACAAUGAAACAUAUUUGUUUUUUUAAUCUACUGCACCACGUCUGUUACAGUACCCCCCUAGGAGCUGGGUUCACAGCAGGAAUGGGGUGCCUUGGCCUUCAACCCUAAGAGUGGAAUCAACAGCGUGGUGUUGUUUUAUAAAGCAUGCUCCAAACAACAGUAGGAAAAAACAACUGAGGGGAGUCAAAGCUCAUAUUUUAUCGGUUGUUUUUUUCUACAAUGCACACCUCCAGUACAGACGUACCCCUUUCUUUGCCCACUGCACUGAACGUGCAGGGACCAUACCUGGGGGCCAAGUUUGGUGAAUCGACCCGACUACAGCCCAGAGAGCAUAGGUGAAUUAAACAAUGUGAGUGAUGUUAAACUACUGGCAAUAUAUUGCACCAAUAGUGAUCUAUAUUUUGUUCCAAAUGUGAACAAUUACAAAUUAUAAUAAAGCAUUGAUUGUGUAUCAA